AUGGAAGAGGAGGGGAAGUUAGCAAAGAGACUAGUGGAUGCAUAUAACAAACGUGUGGAACUAUACAUGCAGAGACGUUCACUAGAAGAUUCUAUAAGCGCAAAGCUUAUUGACCAGCGCGCACUCCGAGAAGCAAUAGAGAUGAAUAAGGGUCUGGACAGAAAGGAGCAGGCAAAGCCACCAGACCAGGGAACAAUGUUUGGAACUGGGAUGCACAGACUAUCUCUCAUCGACAUAGGAAAACUUCCCACAGAUAACAUAGACAUGUUUCACACAGAAACAGCAAUCUAUCCUGUGGGAUAUACAUGUAGAAAGAAGUACAAAAAGCACAACACUUAUAAAAGGAAAGCAAAGGACAGGAUUCUAUAUAUUUGCAGUGUGGAUCCCCAUAAAGGCCUGACUAUCUCUGCUGAUGAUGGAAGGAAAUGGUAUGGGCCUACCAUGUGGAAAGACUUUGUAGAUAGUAUUGAGGGGACUGUUGAGUACAAGAACGUUGAAGAGUUUUUUGGAUUUGGGAAUUCGGCGUUGGCCAAGAAAAUCGAAUCUCUUGGGGAUUUAUCUCCUUUCAAGAAGUAUAUUCCAUUGAGCAGAAGGUUUUAA